AUGGCCAUGCCAGCUCCCUCCAGCGAUGCCCUGCCCUCGUACCGACUGGUCGAACCCACAAUCCCUGCUCCGGCGCAACCAGACCAUGCGCAGCCGUGCGCCGCAACGUCGCCAGAAACCGCCGUAUCGCCGCCCGCCCCGGCCGCAGAGGACAAGGGACGCAAAUCGGGCAGCAGAGCCAGUUCGCGGGGCGUGGCCAACCUGACCCCCGAGCAGCUGGCCAGGAAACGGGCAAACGACCGGCAGGCGCAGCGCGCCAUCCGCGAGCGCACCAAGGCUCAGAUUGAGGCGUUGGAGAGGAAGGUCUGCGAACUGUCCUCGACGCAGCCGUACCAGGAGCUGCAAAAGGUCAUCGCGGAGAAGGAGGCUGUCCAGGCGGAAAAUGCGGAGAUCAAGCGCCGGCUGGCGGCGGUGUUGGAUCUCAUCCACCCCAUCGUGGUCAAGGGGGAAGAAAAUCCUGCCUUGACCGUGCCAACUGCCCCGGCAGAAGUGGCGCAUCCAUCGCCCGUGACAGAACGGAAUCAUGACACGCCCGUCAGCAUGGAGUCGGUCUCUCUCGAGCCGUCGUGCGUGGAGGAAACGCCUUCACCGUCGCUUCCGGCGGCUGCGGUUCGAGUCUGGCCGAAACCUGAUCCGCUGAGCGUGGUGAGGACCGCGAUCGAUCCGCAGCUGUCGUUGCAUGAUGCCGGGGAGAGGUUUGUCUUGAAUUUCCUGGUCGACAGCAGUCACCCACUCUGGCACAAGAUCACCAAGGUGAACGGCGUCCGCCGCGACUCGGGAACAAACCUCCGCGUCGACCCGGCCAGUGUGGCGGACCAGCCUCUCAUGUACAUGGUGCCGCUGCGCAAUAUGCCGCCGACCUGUCCGCUGGACGUCAUCUUGCUGAAUUUUCUGCAGGACCGUCGACGGGAGGUGGCCGAGGGGGCACUCCGGCAGUCGCAGCUGGUCGGACUGCCGUACCCCUGCGUGUCGUCACUGCUGAACCCGGUGCAGAGCGCGCCGUGCUCGUACGCGAUCUGCAAGCUGUUCACGGACAUCAUCCGGACGUUCCCGGACUGCUCGACGCUGCCAGAGCAGAUCGGGGUGCUGUACCACAUGUUUUUGCUCAUGCGGUGGCAGAUCUCGCCGACGCAGAAGAACUACGACGAGAUGCCGGACUGGAUUACGCCGCGGCCGGCGCAGCUGUUCACGCCGCACCCGGCGUGGGUGGACUAUGUGCUGUGGCCCAAGAUGCGCGACCGGAUCGUGCUGACGCACCGCGAGUAUCCGUUCGAGAACUGGUUCAUCCCGUACUCGCGGACCGUGUCGUGCAACUGGCCGCACGAGCCGACGGACUGCCUGCUGCACGACACCGAGUCGGACGAGCUGAUCAUCAACCCGGUGUUUGAGCGGCAUAUUCGCGAUCUGAACAAUUGGUCGCUAGGGCCGGCGUUUGCGGAGGCGUAUCCGGGGCUGGUCGAUGUGACGAGGAUCAAAACUGACAAGCCGUAG